CAAAAAUCUUGUAUUAGACAAGCAAUUGCACAUUUUCUGGAAGUACCUAAUGUCAAUACGAAAACUUCGGAUAUUACAAAGAACAAUUUCUCUGAAGUGCAUUUACCCACAAAUCACCACGCGAAACGUGCGAGUAACAACGUCAUUACGAUUCCGUUGCGACUUGCAGUCUCUCGGCUAGUAUCCCUGGCGAACUUGUAAAGGAAUGGUUUUGAUCUUUUUCAACACGGCCAUAUUCUGGAAGUGACGAAUUUUGACCUAUGAACAACAGAGCAUCCCGUCGCAUUUCCUACUCCAGGAGAGGGCAUGCUGUGGAAAGGGAAUGGAGGCAAAAACACAACCAGGGGCAAUGGCGAGAAGCGCAGGAGACAAUUGAGGAAGAAAAGAAGCAGGAUCCAGUACCUAGGGGCACCUGUUUGUGUAUGUGUCCUGCGCGCGAGCUGCAACGCAGGGAGGCCCAGAACCUACUGCACCGCUUUGAGGUGUUGGCAGGCAGUGAGAAAGACCGUCGGCCGAGGGCUGACCCCUUGCGCGUGGUUAAGGAGUAUGCGAGACCUGCGGCAGGGAAGGACUCCACUCGACCUACUGACUUGCGGCCCCCAGCUGUGCUGCUAAAGACUGUCUGCUACCUCAUUGACAACAUUGCUACCUCCCCUACUCUCCAGCCAUGGAUUGAUGUUUACGAUUUUGUCUUUGACCGGCUGCGCAGUGUUAGACAGGAUAUGAUCAUCCAGAGGGUGUCUGGUCCAGACUGCGUGGCUAUUCUGGAGCGGAUAGUCCGCUUCCUGAUUUACGCCUCCUACCGGCUUUGUGGGGAGCCCCUGCGCCUCUAUGACCCCCGCAUUAAUGACAUUCACCUGCAGGAGAGCCUAAGCUGGCUGCUGGAAUGUUAUACUAGAGGACAGCACCCCAACCAGGAGGAGUUCCAGGCCCUUAGUCUUCUCUACAACCUGGGUUCUGGCCGCGCCACACAGCACACCAUGGAGCUCCCGGAGCGGAUACGCUCCUCCUCUGUUGUGUGUCUGGCCCUUUCACUGAGUCGGGCCUUCAUGGAGCGCAACCCUGUACGACUCCUCCGACUGGCUCGUAAACUGGACUUCUUGCAGAGCUGUGCCCUGCAUAGACACUUGCAAGCCUGUCGCAGGGACCUUCUGCUGAUCUACAGCCACGGACACAGCAGCAGGAAUUGCCACUUCCCCCUCCAUAAGCUAGCUGACCUCCUGGCUCUGGAUGUCCGUCUUACCACCUGUCUGUGCCAGGCCUAUGGAGUGGUCAUUAUCAGGGAUGCCGUGGUCUUCUCUAAAACGUCUUUCACUGAGCCAGAUGUUGGAAGGCUACAGUGUCCGAACUUCCAUGAACUGGUGGAAAAUAAGCAGAGUGGCCUAACUAUUGGUGGCAUCAUUCACGGCUGUGCCUGAUAUCCACAGACAUGGACAUUUGGAUAAACUGGAGCCUGCCUCCACCAAGAAGGCUAACAUGCGCUUCACUUUGUAUUUUAAGUUGUUUUCUAAAUAAACUUGUUUUAAUGUACAUUCA